UCCUAUGUCUUACAUUACAUGAUCGAGCUAAGCUCAUUUACAUGUCUUUAGCCAUUGCCCUCUUAGACUGAUCACACCAAAUCAGACUCACUCUCACACAAACACAUCGUAACCAGUUCUGUGGGCACAAGUAUGGCCUCCGCUUGUGCGUCUUCUGCCAUUGCCGCCGUUGCCAUUUCUUCCCCCAGCUCCCAGAAGAGCGUGACAAGUUUGGGGGUCACCAAAGGUAGUUUUCUUGGCGGAAGGAAACUAAGAGUGAAAAGCUUGACCGCCCCAAUCAGGUCUAGAUCAUCGUCAGCUACUGUGUGCGCCGCAGCUGACCCCGACAGACCCUUGUGGUUCCCCGGCAGCGUCCCCCCUCCAUGGCUCGAUGGCAGCCUUCCAGGAGACUUUGGCUUUGACCCUCUUGGUCUUUCAUCGGACCCUGAUAGUCUGAGGUGGAACGUGCAAGCCGAGCUGGUACACUGCCGAUGGGCAAUGUUGGGAGCUGCUGGUAUUUUCAUUCCAGAAUUCUUAACAAAGAUUGGCAUUCUCAACACUCCAUCGUGGUACACAGCAGGAGAACAAGAGUACUUCACUGACACAACUACCCUUUUCAUUGUUGAGCUCAUCUUUAUUGGUUGGGCCGAGGGAAGGCGUUGGGCCGAUAUCCUCAAGCCCGGUUGUGUCAACACUGACCCAAUCUUCCCUAACAACAAGCUCACUGGCACCGAUGUGGGCUACCCUGGUGGGCUCUGGUUCGACCCACUGGGAUGGGGCAGUGGUUCCCCUGAGAAGCUCAAGGAGUUGAGGACCAAGGAGAUCAAGAAUGGAAGAUUGGCUAUGUUGGCUGUUAUGGGUGCUUGGUUCCAACACAUCUACACUGGCACUGGCCCAAUUGAUAACCUCUUUGCUCACCUUGCUGAUCCUGGUCACGCCACCGUUUUUGCUGCCUUUACACCCAAGUGAGGGUGAAGCUAGGGAGGGAUGGUAUGCUAACAAUGGUGGUGGGUUUGGAUCAAAUGAUAAUGAGGAAAUUAGGUGCGGUUGAGAUGAAGAUGAUCAUGUCAUGAUGUGUAGUGUUGUUUCACUUGUUCUAAGGGAAUAUUUAAUUGCCUCGAUGGAACUUGAAUUUUCCUCCGUACGUAUAUUUUGUUCUAUAGAAUUAAUGAUCUAGCAAUGUACAAAAUGUUCCUUUGAAACUUUUUGAUUAAGAUUUCAUGAACAUAAAGUCAGCUAGUAUUCAAAUUCGUCGAAUA